AUGCACUCCAAGUCGAACUCCUCGGCGAUGACGAAGGAGCAGUUAGGGAAAGGUGCACUAGCCGCCGGCGAGCUCAUCACCCUCGCCAUCGCGGAUAGGAAGUUGGAUCUCAUCGCGUACACGGACAAGAUCAGCCAGAAGAUCGACGACAAGCUAGAAGAAAGCACGCUCCGACUGGAGAACCACUUGAACGAACUCCACGCUCAGUCUGCGAGCAUGCCCGUUGCAUCCGAGAGUCAGGUUCGGGCUUCCGAUGCACAGGCGUUCUUCGACGCAGUCAUUUCCGGCGUCCCCGCACCGCCGGAGACAGACCGCGAACUCCGCGCGAGAGGGGCGGAGGGCAUCCUUGCUCGCCAGGUCUUGUACGCACGCUGCGCGGGCGAGCUGCCUGAGCACGCCAGUUAUCCGCCGAUCGACGCGUCGAACGCAUUCCUAGCAGACAAGUUCCGUGCUGCUAUCAAGGAGGGGAAGCUGGAGGAGAAGGCAGGGUUCAAGAUCGGCAUCCACUCGGUGCGCCUCUCGGGACUGAACAUCCUGGUCGAAUACGAAUCCACCGAGACGGUCAAGUUCAUGCUCUCUGCAGAGGGCAGCGACGGAUUGGAGCAACACCUCGGGUACUUUGUCAGCUCAGUCGGUCGAGAGGACAAGAUCGUCAUACGAAUGGUCCCCAUCACUUUCGAACCGAAAAACCCAUCCGCGCUACGGGAGGUGGAAGCAUCCAACGACUUGCCAGAGGACAGUAUCCAACGUGCAUCGUACAUCAAACCAGAAGAGCUUCGAAGUAUUGGCCAGCGCUACGCGAAUGUCAUGGUCUCGAUGAAAAGCCCGGGGACGGCGAACAAGAUCAUCCUCGACGGCACAGUGCCAAAACCGCUGCCUCAGAAGGGAAGCUGGGCUUUCGGUUGUUGA